CAGGAGAACUUCUCCGUUAACUGUAGUGUAUGGCACUUGAGUGCGACUGCCCCUUCCUAAAUAUGAACACCUGUCUUUCAGCCUAGGACAUGAACGCCUCUUCAGAAAACGCACAUUUCGAGGGCAGUAACGCCAGACCCUUUUUUUAUGUGCACGCCAUGGGCCAGCAGCCUUACCUGAGUCCGUGGUGCCAGAGUCCCACCUGUAAUCCAUUCUCUGUUCCUGGGGCAGGUUUCAGAAAUGGAAGUCUGUAUUUUCCAUAUUCAGUGGUACUCAGUGAGUAUCCUGGCUUCCUUGUUCGUCAGUCACCAUUGCCCACUACACUUAACCGACGACCUAUGUUUUAUAACACAGCACAUUUCCAGCACUGUAGUGGCUAUGGAAAGAAAAAGAAAAUGAGAGAGACUCAGACUGAACCUCAGCAGGCUGAGAACAUGACUCAGAAACAAGACACCCACUCAGAAUGUGAUAUGGUGACCAGUAUCCCUACUUCUAAUAUUGACAUAGAAAUGGACGACAUUCCUGAAGAAACAGAUGGCGUUUUGUCUUCUGUUGCCCAGAAGAGGGAGCUACAUGGUAAGAGCCCUUCUAAUAACAGCCUGUAUAGGACAUCACCUCAAGGAAGCUAUGCAUCUGAGAAAGAGAAAAUGAGGCUAGAACAGAGCAAAGGAUCCCUUGUAACGCAGUUCUUGAAGACUUUGAAGGAAACUAUGCGUUUGUAUGACCUAGCUUAUGGUAAAGCCAUGCCAGAGAAGAUGGUGCAGGACAACAGGAUUUCACAGAGUUCUUGGGAAAAUAGAACUUUCCCUCAUGAGGGUACAGAGGGCAUUACAUGUAAAGAUGAAGAAAGCACUGUCUGGUUGGAGCAGUGUCAUGAUGUAAGACAUGAUGAUGUGGUAAAGUUGGGCUCCAUCAUGAAUAUGAACUUGGGUAAAGAAAAAAGCUAUGCAGCUGCUCCCCAAUUCCUAUCUUCUCCAGAUGAGGCAAAAGACAGAGAUAGAAUCCAGGAUACCCUGAACUCAAAUCUGUGCCUGUCUUCUGGAGAUGGCAAUAAGCUCCAGCAGGAAAGGCCGGUCUGCUCCAGCAAUAAAGCCAUUGAGGACCUGAGCCUACAGUCCAAUCCCAGAGUCCCCUUCGCAUUGAGGAAAGCAUGCUAGACAAUGGUAGUGGGGGCCAUGGCUUCCCUGUGAACAUGAAUGAAGUUGAAGUGAUACAGAGCAACAGCUACCCUGAGAAUUAUGUCCCUCCUCCUAUCUCGCUGGCCAAGUUCAACCAGGCUGAUGGAGGCAUUCAGUGUGAUAUGAGCCGGUGGCAGGAUGCAGAGCUGGAGCAAUCCUCUGAGCAAAUGCUUUCCAAAGAUGAGUCAUGACCAGACUACAAAACUAAGGGAUCACAGAGAAAGUCAAUCAGGAAUAGGAAAUUGAACACAAAUGAAGAAAAAAUGAUCAUAAAUGAUGAGAUUGAGGAGGAGUAUCAUGAGAACUUCAAAAAGUGUGCCAAAAUUAAAAAGACUGUGAAAGGCAGAAAGCAGAAAACCCUGAGCAACUUCUCAAGUGGUAACAUAGUGUAUUUGUUGAAGAAAAUGCUGCCUUGAACACUGUUCUUCCCGAGGAUUCAGAAGACUGUGAGUUGGAAGAGGAAGUUGAAGGUGAAAUGUAUGAGGUAGAAUGCCUCUUUGAAGAAGUUAGUCCACCAGACCCUAUGAAUUCCUCAAAAAGAAGGAUUUAUUGCAAUGCCAGCAGGAUAAUCAGGAUGCCACCUGAGUGGUCUCUCCCUCCUCAACUUAUCGUCUGGCCCACCAGAAAUAAGGACAGGUUAAAGCAUGUUGAAUAUGAGAGCAUCCCUAUGGUGUAUGAAGUGACAGGACAGGAUGGCAGGAUCCAAAGGGAAUGUAUGAUGGCCAUGCAGA